AUGGAACUCAACCGAGAACAUUUUCGCGCCAUAAUUUAUUACAACUUUCAGAGACAAUUAUCGCAACAAGAAUGCCCACCACAUCAGUCGACAAUUUCCCGUUGGUAUGGAGAAUUCAAAUGUGGACGGGUGAGUCUUAGCGACGAUCCCAGGGUGGGUGUACCAAAAACAGCAGUCACCCAGGAAAACGUCGAUGCUGUGCGCAAACUCAUCAUUGAAGAUAGACAUGUGAUAUAUGGCGAGACUGAGGCUUGGAUACCCCACCUGUUGACUGAAGAGCAGAAAGCAGCCAGUGUUAAUUGGUGUCAAAAAACGCUUGACCGUUUCAAUUCCGGAAACUCAAAAAAUGUGUAUAGCAUUGUUAGUGGUGACGAAUCGUGGAUUUACUGUUAUAAAGCAGCAAAUAAACGACAGUCGGCUGUUUGGCCAACAAAAGUCAUCCGUUCUCGAAGUGUUUCGAAAAAGAUGGUCACGACAUUUGUGUCAAAAGCGGGUCAUAUUGCAACAAUUCCUCUUGAUGAGCAAAGAACUGUAACUGCGGAUUGGUAUACCACCAUUUGUUUGCCGAAAAUCAUCACCGAGCUUCGAAAAAUCAACCCCGAAAGAAGAAUUAUCCUCCACCAAGACAAUGCAAGCUGGCACACAGCCCAAAAAACAAGCCAAAUUAUAUAUAGUCCCGAUCUAAGUCCUAACGAUUUCUUUACUUUCCCGAAAAUUAACAACAGACUUUGUGGAGAAGCAGUUGACGCAUUCAAAAAUACCGUUUUGGAUCUGCCAGCAAACAAGUGGAAUAAGUGCUUCGAAAAUUGGUUCAAGCGCAUGCAGAUCAGCUCACACGAAUCAUCUGUAAACUACGACCGUGAGCUGGAUGCUAUUCUGGAAAGGUACGAAGAAGCGGCCAAGAACGAGGACCAUUAUCUGCUGUACACGCAGUUUCCAAAUGGAUCAUACCAAAUUGGAUGCGGUCUAAGCCCAGCGAGAUCAUUUACUCCUGCUGUAAUUGUGUGGAACUCAUCACGGUUGAAACUAUCUUUCAGUUCCUAUGAGUGGGAACAAUUAAUCACCCAGCUCAAUGUGGUAACGGUGAAGGAGACGGAGGAGCAGGAGGAGGAGAAGAACCUUCCUGACAAGUAUGAUCCUGUCGAAAUCGAGUGCGGUGACUAUUGCAGAAUUCGACAACUAAUCUAUGAUAGUACGAAAAUUCUCGAAAUAACCAAGCACAACAUUAGUUUCUACCUCUCAGAAAUGGACGUGAACGCUCUUUUAGAAGCAAAUAAUGAACUUUUAGUACCGUAUAUGUCUAUGCUAGAAACUGUUGAAUUUCCAAGCUAUUAUUAUAAUGCGCUUAAGAUUGUUCGAGCUAGUUUUAAUGAUCAAAAUUAUACGUUUUCAGAUGCUAUUCAAAAAUUGUAUACAUUUAAGCUCGUAGGCUGUACUUUACAACAUAUAGCGUUAGGACAACAUAUAUUUUUCUAUAGACAUAGGAUCGCUAAUGAUCUUGAACGAUUUUAA